CCGAGUUGGCAACACUGUCUGUGAUUUCUGCUUUGUUUGCACACAUUGAUUUAUAUUGUUCAAAAAAAGUAUUUAGAGCAAAUAUUUGAUUUAUUUAUAUUCAAGUUAAGGUACUUUACUAAACCUUCAUUAUGGAAAGUAUAAUUGAUGAUAGAGAGAACCUGAAUGAAUUCCUCGAAGAAGCAGAAUUACAACAGUAUUAUGAGCUUUUCAGGGAUAUAUUGAAAGUUACUAAAGUAUCACAGCUUAAAUUUGUUGUGAUUGAAGAUUUGGCUCAGAUCGGUCUCUCUAAACCAGAACAGAGGCGUUACAAAAAAAUAUAUGCGAAAUAUUUUCCAAAUCCAUAUAUAUCAAAAAUAAAAAAACUCUUAAGCUCAAACAAAAGAAAUGAUUUGAAUUCGCAUGCACACUGUUCUGUUCCAUUGGAAUAUCAACCAUUUUCAGAAAAUAAUGUUAAAGUUCCUACAAAACAUAUAAUAUCUAUUGAAGACAUAACUAUAAAUAAAGAAUUGGGCAUGGGUCAGUUUGGUGUAGUUCAACAAGGCAAUUGGUCUACGGGUAAUCAAAGACUGCAAGUAGCUAUCAAAUGCUUGGGUCAUGAACGCAUGACAUCGAAUUCUACAGAGUUCCUCAAAGAAGCUGCAGUUAUGCAUAGCAUAGAACAUCCAAAUAUAGUCAGGCUUUAUGGUGUAGUAUUACAUUUGGAUUCAUUAAUGCUGGUGACAGAGCUGGCCCCUCUCAGGUCGCUUUUAGAAUGUCUACGUGAAGUUACACUGCGGCCAAAUUUUCCUGUGCCAAAUUUAUGUGAAUUUGCUGAGCAAAUAUGUGAUGGCAUGACUUAUCUUGAAAACAAAAGACUGAUUCAUAGGGACUUAGCGGCAAGAAAUAUCUUAGUUUUUAGCAAAGAUAGAGUAAAAAUCUCAGACUUUGGUCUUUCACGAGCCUUAGGUGUCGGAAAAGACUAUUAUCAAACAAAUUACAACGUGAAUCUGAAAUUGCCAGUAGCAUGGUGUGCUCCAGAGUGCAUACUGUACCUUCGUUUUACUUCGGCAAGCGAUGUCUGGGCGUUUGGUGUGUGCCUCUGGGAGAUGUUUACAUAUGGCUUCCAGCCCUGGGCUGCUUUCUCUGGUCAACAAAUAUUGGAGGCAAUAGAUGCACCUAACUUCCAGAGACUCGAAAGGCCAGAAUGUUGUCCAGAAGCAUAUUAUACAACAAUGCUUGAAUGUUGGUCUCACAAUCCAAACGAUCGACCGAAAUUCAGAGAGCUCGGUUCCAAAUUGAGAGAAUUUCGGCCUGAACAGGUACAAUUCGUAGCUAACUACCAAAAACCGGAAGAUGGCAGACGAAGUAACUUCUUGGAAUAUAAAUCUGGAGACAUUAUCACAGUAUUAGGAAAAGAGGAAAUGACAAAGACAUCAAUGUGGUACGGAGUCUUGCCUGGUGGCGCAUGUGGCGUUUUCGAUCCGAGCCAAACCAAACCGUAUUCGAAACACGACAGGACCGGGCCAACAUUGUCACCGAGCCCCGUGCGCGGGUCCGCUCGCUCGCUUCGCUCAUCGCUGCUGCGUUCAGACGUCAAACGGCACACGUACACCGGCAAACGGACCAUACAGCGCAGCAUGAUAUCCAGCCCUCAGGGAGAUGUAAAACACACGGGACACGUCGGAUUAGACGGAGCAUACUUUGGAGAUAUAUCCUUCUUAGAUCCGGCCGGAUGUCCUCCCCGACAGAUCGUAGCGCCGUACAGGCCUUCCGAAGAUCUGGAACAAGUGCCACUGAUCAACCCGAACUCGCCGUCGCAUUUCACCGCGGCAACCUGCACGCCUCCUUACCCGAUGCUUUCGCCGCAGGAGGACAAACCUUUCUGCGAUGAAGUUGACCUACCUUGUCCCGAGACAAGAAUAAAAAGUUUAAAAAGGCCGAGUCAUAGAACAUCAGAACCUACGACGAGUAAAAGCAUUUUGAAUAAGGUUAAGUCAGCGACUUUAGGGCGUUCAAGUAAAAACGAAAAUGGCGCUUCUAAUACAGACGAAGUGCACGAGUAUCACGAGAUAUCUGACACAGAUACGGAAAGUAUUGCUACUGAAAACGCAAGACUUGAAAACCUGGCGCCGCCGGAGAGUCCAGGGAUAGCCAAAACCUACGGCGAUUUCAGUCAGAGUUUGCUAGAAGAAAUGGAGUCUUUAUUCCGAAGUAUGGAUGGAAGGAAGCGAGAUGAAGCUGGUGCAGUGAGUAAAAAUUAUGAUGUGGACACCUCUAGGUCACAUACACUAAGCAAAAGUGAGAGAAAGAAAUCUCUACAAACUAGCACUGGUACAAUGAAACCCAUGUCGGCGCACGAUGAGAAAACAUUAGAAAUUGCGUGCGCCAUGGCAAAUGAAUUGACUACAAGAUCAAUGGACUUGGAAAGUGAAAACAAAGGUCCCAAUUCGCCAAAUGAUCGCUCCAAAUUCCAUUUUAAGUUCCCGUCGAUCUCAUCCCACAACGCUCUGCCCUUAGAACCAGAGAAAGAGGUAGCAGGUAGAGAACGCCGUAACUUCAGCGAAGAAGCCCACCGGGUUCCAGAUAUUCAGGCUACAAUAACGGAGGAAUGCAAGCUCGCGUACUCUAGCCUCAUUGAGCAGCCGACCCCCACUUCCACCCUCAUCAUCACGCAGAUCCCUAAUGACGUCACGGGCAUACACAAACCGGGCACCAUACCGAAGCCGGCGCCUCGCGUCAACCCUGCCAAGCAGUUCCACUCUCUACAGAAGAUGUACUCGAGCAGGAAACCUACAAGUGAGGUAGAUGGAUUUCAAACGUUGCCAUACGAGCUCAAGAACGAACUUCCGUUGCCGCCUAGGGCCAGCAAGCCGAAACUGAUCGACAAACCGCGACACAUAAGGAAAUAUCCACUCAAGUUGCCGAACAACGUUCAACAGCAAGCGACCAGGCCGCCAAACCCCCAACCUAUCAUAUACCAGAACGCAGUCACGUGCCCCAAAGUUAAAGAGUCUCAAAAAGACACGAGAUUUGACGCUGACAAGAAUGGCGUAGACGUUUUCGACGGCGCCGGUCCUUCUAAAGUGGAUACUAACCCCUUCACAAAUCUGGCGGGAGGCGGUUCGGUGAAUCCGUUCAGUUGUUACUUGAAAGAUGACAAGCGUCCUGAAACAGCCGAUGAAAACCCAGAAACGGAAGAAGAAACAUUAGUGCGUGAUUGCACCGAUCACGUGUCUGUGGAGGAUUUGCUUGAGUUUGCAGACCAGAAGCCGUGCGGUCGACAGCGCGGCGUCGAGUCAGAUGAAGUACGCAUCAUGAGCAAAGUACUCAAACAGCAGGUAACGCCGGAGGAAUGUCUAAAAGCGCUGGAGUUGAGCAACUGGAAUGUGCACCAGGCUAUAAAAGUGGUCCGUGUUCGGCUUUCGGUCGAACGAGACGUGGGCUUUGCCCUCUGCUGCCACGAAUUAGAGAUAGCCGGCGGAGAUAUAGUGAAGGCCGCCGCUGCAUUAGUGCUCAAAACUGAAGAAUAGUUUAGUAAACAUUCACGAAUGUUGAUUGCCAAUAAUCAGGAGCUGUGCUCCAUAUUAAUUAACUCGACGAUACCCACGAAGUCUAUGUCAACUUCAUAAGCCGAUGUGUGUUGUAAUGAAAAAUGGCAAAUAAAUGUUGUGUAGAUA